CCGGCCGCCCCCAUGGCCACCAAAAUCGACAAGGAGGCGUGCAGGGAGGCGUACAACCUCGUCAGGGACGAUGCCACCGAGGUGAACUGGGUGACUUUUAAAUACAAUGGCUCUACAAUCGUCCCCGGAGACCAAGGGGUAGACUAUGAAACCUUUAAAAGGAAGUGCACAGAUGAUGUUCGAUUGUUUGGCUUUGUCCGAUUCACAACCGGCGAUGCCAUGAGCAAGCGAGUCAAGUUUGCCCUCAUCACUUGGAUUGGAGAGGAUGUCAGUGGCCUGCAGAGAGCCAAAACUGGGACCGACAAGACUCUGGUCAAAGAAGUAGUACAGAACUUUGCCAAAGAAUUUGUGAUCAGUGACCACAAAGAGCUGGAUGAGGAUUACAUCAAGAACGAGCUGAAGAAAGCAGGGGGGGCUAAUUAUGAUGCACAGACUGAGUAAAUGCACGAACCUCUUGGCACCAUCACCUGGAUCUCAAAGGGAGGGGAAAGGCACAACAAAUUAACAUAACUGAGAGAUGAGGCAACUGAAAUCCCCAGCUUUCUGUGUGUGCACCUAAGAACUUCCUUUCUUUGCAUACAGCGGACUUCUAUUUUCCAUUCCAUCUCAUGAAACAGCCCUCUCUGGGGUUCUGAUUUUUUUUUCUUCCCCACUUUUUUUACUCAUAACUCUGUCUGUGUUCUUGCAUCUGAGGAAUUUAGGUUUGACUCUGCUUUGGUCCUAUUCAGCAUUGUGUUCAUAGAGGCUUGCCAUUGUGUCCUUCGUAUGCAUGCAUGUCUGUGUGUUUUAGUUGGGCUCAACCUGGUUUCUGAGGGGAGAGAGUUUUGGAGGAGUUCUGAACAUCCAUUAUUUUAGUCUUUUUUUU